AUGGCUGACAAAUUUUGUGCAGAGGUUAUUUCAAUUUAUACAAAUGAAUCUGAUCAAAAGAUUCAAACAGAAAAAUUGUGUUGUUUACUUGAUCGAGUUCUUUCUUUAAAUAAUGUUCCAAAUGUUUCUGUUGAGUCUUCUCAAUUAAUUGAAAUUCUACAAAAACUUGUUGAGACUGUUGUAAACAAUGAAAGUACAAGUAUGGUAGUUUCUCGUCAAUUUAUUGCUGACAUUGCUGAUCGUUUAAAAUCAAUAGUUGUCCACAAUAAUGAUUUGGUUAUUAAUUUGGCAAAUGUGGUUCUCAAUCAAUUACAGGCUCGUGCUAUUGCUUACGAAGAACAAAGUAAUCAAAUUCGAAUAAUUUUGGCUGAUUCUUAUGAAAAAACUGGAAAUUUUGAACAAGCUGCUCGAACACUUGUUGCUAUUCCUUUGGAGACUGGACAACGGUCUGUUUUUAGUUUAAAAAGAAUUUUUUGUUUUUUCAGAGGAUAUCGUCCAGAUUUCAAAAUGGAACUUUACUUGCGUAUAACAGAAUUGUUUUUGGAAGCAGGGAAUAUUUUGGAGGCGGAUAGGCAUGUAAAAAGGGCUUCUUUACUUCAACAGGAUGUGAAGGAUAAUGGAGGACUUUUGUUAAGAUAUUCGGCUCUCUAUGCUCGUGUUUUCGAUCGUCAAGGGCAAUUUAUUGAAGCAGCAUCGCGUUAUUAUGAGAUUUCAAUUAAGCAAGGACUUCUUCCAUCAGAGAAAAAACAAAUACUUCAAAAUGCUUUAAUUUGUACUUUAUUGGCACCUCCCGGACUUCAACGUAACCGACUUUUAAAUACUCUUUUCAAAGAUGAACGUUGCCAGGGAUUGGCUUGUUAUCAGCUUUUGAAGAAUAUGUAUCUGGAGAGGCUUAUACAAAAUUCUGAGUUGAAAGAAUUUGAAUUAUUACUUAUGCCCCAUCAACGUUUACUCGAUUCUGAAGGUUCUUCAAUUUUACAACGAACUGUUGUAGAACACAAUUUUUUGGCUGCAUCGAGACUUUAUUCAAAUAUUUCUUUUGAUGGACUUGGACAAUUAUUGGGUGUUUCUUCUAAAAAGGCAGAAAAGAUUGCCUCUCAGAUGAUUUCAAGUGAUAAAGUUCAUGGGAAGAUUAAUCAAUUGGAUGGCACUGUUUCUUUUGAAAGUAAGGGUUUUUUGAUUAUAAAACAAUAAGGAUUUUUGAGCUAAACAGUUGGAUUGGUUCCGUAUUUUAAGCAUCACAAUGUUAGUGUCUUUAUAAGGAUUUUACUUUUGUUUCCAUUACUGUGUUUAGGUUCUAGGAUGGUGGGUGCCUGAGAUCGUCCAUUAGCUCAUUGGCACCUUUUGUUAUACAUUCAAUCUUUAGGUUAUUUUUCUGGCUUCAUUUUUAUUGGGCCAAACCGAACGAGUCUUUACAGGC